AUGGAAGAAAGCAACGCUCUUGCGAUCGGAAUCUGUAAUGGAGACCGACCAGAAAUUCAAGAUUUGCCUCCUUUAAUAGUCGAAUUGAUAAAAAAAUGUUGGGACGCUGAUCCUGCAAAAAGACCUCUUGCAGAAGACUUGUUGGCCAUGACCAACACUUUUCCUAUCACUAGAAUCAAAUGA